AUGCUCUCCCAUCUGCGCUUUCAUCGGAGAGGAACCUCGAACCCGACCUCACCUAUCCCUGACCAACAACAAUCGCUUUCCCCCCUCAGCAAUAACGAGUCACCAGUGGCGCUCGCUUCUGCCUCUCCCUUGGAUGGAAUGCCCGCUUCAGCAAGCUCUUCCUCUGCACCAACGCUACCGCCCAUCACUAGAGUUACCUCUGACGACUCCGGCUCUCGACACGAACGGGAUGAACGACGAAAUGGCGCCGGGUUGAUGCCAGAAAGCCGCCCACAUCAGUCGCAGCGCUCGUCCUAUAAUGGAGAUGUAGGCUUUAUUGGCGGAAUGGCCCUGCAAAAUUAUCGCAGAGAUGUUGAAGCGCAACAAAAGGCCUCAAGAACUGAGACUGGCGAUAGAACAGGUAGUGGCAAUGCCCUUGUUCAUCCGGAGGAUACUUCGGGCCGUCUCCGUCCUAGUUAUUUGGAGCCAACUCUGGAUAUCUCUAGAAAUAGCCAGUACAAGCAGGUCGCAUCGUUCAGUACACCAACCGAUUUACAAGCAACUAAUGCAUCCAACCUCGGGCGACGCCCUGCCGGGACCAGAGUCCCUCAAGAAGCGCCGUUUACACUGUCUAAUACGUCAAGUUCUCUGGCAGUCGAACCUCAGAAAGGAAAGAAAGGCCUUCCAUUCUUGAAGAACCCCAUGUCGACGCUUUUGAUGAGACGGAGAAAUAACCAGAAUGCGCCGGACUUGCGCCCCCUGCCACUGAAUAAUAAGGAUGAGGAACCGACCUAUGAUCCUCGCAUUAGAGGAACACGAGUACACGAUUUUAGUGCACCUAGAAAACCAAGGGAUGUAUAUGGUGGAAAUCCAGCAUCAUCCCGUUCUGUUUCUGACAUACACCUCACGUCUUCUGAAGAAAUCCAGCCUACCGCACCAAAUUUGUCUGGAGAGCCUUCAGUACAUGCCCGUAGAAGCGCACCGCAAUCGGUCAAAACAACGUCAGGAAGCCAGUCUUCUAUUCAUGCCGAAGAUUUGUCAAGAGCACAACCGGAAUCCAAGAUAAGCUUUGCCGACAAGCCGACAACCGCUGCUACUGGUAACGCACCAUCUAUUGAAACUUCGCAACAGUCACACACGGAAGAGAACCCCAUUUUGCCUCGAUCUACCUCCAAGGCCAAUGUGCUUGAGAAAACAGAGACGGGCCCAAAGGCGUCCCCAUCUAUACGUACAACGCGUUCGCGAAACAUCUCUUUCUCUGAGAUGUCAAUGUCUGCGAUCCCCAGACAUAUGAAGAGCACAUCGUCUAGGUUCAGUUUCGAUAUGGUCGGGGCAGCAAAGCAAGAGAAAUUACUGGAAGAACGGCAUCGGCAACGAGAGCUUGAGCGUAAAACGAACGAUAAUGACGACUUCCGAGAUUCAAGGUUCGACGAUUUUGAUGAGGAUGCAUUUGAUUAUGACGCAAUGAUGGACGAUGAUGGUUUUGAGGAGAGAAUACCCGGCGUAAAUGCGGACUUUGACGACGAACAAGCCCCCGAUUCGUACGAUUUGGAUGUCGAGUUAGACCCUGACAACGACGAGGAGAAUUUUGCGGGCUUUGAUUUCCAACGCUCAAAUACUGCAUCCGCACUUGCGAGCCCAUAUAGUACUGGCAUGCUGAUAACACCUCGGGAUGCUGAUGGCAAUGUUAUUGGGUUUGCCAUGACCAAAGACACCCCUGGCACCUCCACAUUUCCUUUGUCGUCCCCAUUGCCCGCCCCGAGUGAAGAUGAUGCCUCUGAGCACAGAGCAUCCGGUUUGGGCAUUCUAGAUGCCUCUGCACCUUUAGCAAGUAACAACUACCAGAAUGUUAAGGAAGACGAUUUAUAUUUUGAUGACGGCUUGAUUGGAUUUGAGAACGAGUUUGCCGAGGAUCUUGCAGCGUGGCCGGAUGCAGCCCAUCAACCCUUUGACGAGUCCAUCUUCGACAAUAAUGAUACGGACCAGUUUGGCAGGCCUGUCCCUGGUGCUUUUCAACAGGCCCAAUCACUGCGUCGCGCUGAUCAACAGAGUUCUACGAAGCGAGAGUCGGACAUAACCUCCCGUCUUUCAGCCCAUUCUGUUGUCUCCCGCUCGACUGCGCACACGUCAGUCAGUGCUGACGGGCAGGAAGAGGAAGAGACAGGUGGAUGCGAUGGAAAGAAAUCAGAAUUGGGGAGUGAAAACAAAAAUGCGCAACUUGCAAGUGACGGUGCCAAGUCUGUGGCUGCCUAUCAGGCGGCUUUAGCUGCUGCUGCCCACAGAGCAGCUGCUUCUGGCAAGUUCCAGAGAAGCUCAUCGCCCUCUUCCAACCCAGCUUUAGGCGAUGAUGAUUCCACUUCGGAGAUUCCUGAAAAUAAUAUUCACGGUGGUUAUGACGAUGAAGAUAAUGACUUCGAAUUCGAUGACGACGCAAUUAUUGCCGAGGCGAAUGCCAGUGCUUUGGCAAACGACUCCGACGGUUGGUACGGCCAAGAAUUUGGGUUCUACUCCGCACCCCCUGGCCUCCAUCCUGCGGCUCACAACGGCGGAUCCUCUAGCCUCAAGGAGUAUGAAUAUGCAAACGGAGGCUUCUUUGGCCCAGAAGGCAUAGACGCACUAAAUCGAAGCACCAGUGGAAGGAUGAUAUCCCGAGAACCAAAUCUUACGCCCAUUACAGAGAGAUCCGAGUACUCGAACCGGAAUUCAUUCAUGAGCUUGGGUUAUGCUCCACUCAGUACAUCAACUCCAAUUGUUCAAAGUCCUGGACUAGCACAACUGGCCAUGAUGGCAGACUGCGGAGACGAUCAAAUGACACUCUCGGCACUUCUUCGUUUACGAUCCAGGGCAUGGGGUGGCUCUCAAGCCAGUCUUGCCUCCAGCAGAGAGGGUUCUCCGAGGUCGGACCGAGGAGAUGUUUCCAGUUCACCGUGGAUGUCAAAUUCAUUUGGCCAAGCCAGCCAGGCAAACCAGGGUCAUGGCAGGAUGUCUUCUGCAUUUUCAACUGUGGGCUACGAUUCAGAUGCAGCAAGUGCCUCAGGAAGUCCUACAAUGACUAUGGCUAACAUGAACCUGGAUCACUGGUCACGAGCUGCAAUACCCGAAGAAGAUACCACAGAUGUUAGCGUUGGUGGCCAUUCGACUGUUGCAACAGUUCGCGGCAGCUCUCUCGCCUCGGAUCCUGAUGUCCCAGGUUCACAUGGUAUGAAUGAAGGCCCGAUAUGUCGGAGAAGUUCCACCGAUGUCCACAACCAAGCGGAUGAAUACACACUGAGCGAGCCUACUAGGUCCCCAGUGAAAGGCCACCGCCAUAAAGGAUCAGCAGACAGCGUAUCCUAUAUGAGAGAAGAGGACAGAGGCGAAACAUGCUGGGUAAUAGAACGUCGCCGUACGGGGGAGACUGGUGAAGUGGAAGUGCUGGGACGAGAAGUAAUUGAGGGAAGACAGAUUUGA